AUGAUUCAGCGAUAUCUGCUCACUUUGGCCUUGAACUUUGCUUGGUCCUAUGCCAAGAAUUUUGCCGUAUCGAGGAGCGGAGAUGACGAUGACGAAUUUCUACCAGUGCCCAGUGCACCAAGUUCAGCAGACCCAAUUGUAGGGGAUCCUGAGGAGGACCUGAACCCAGUCACAGAGGAGAUGUUUUCUUCAUGGGCUCUUUUCAUCAUGUUAUUUUUACUCAUUUCUGCUCUUUGGUCAAGUUAUUACUUAACCCAAAGGAAGAUUAGGGCUGUUCAUGAAACCGUCCUGUCCAUUUUCUACGGUAUGGUCAUAGGUUUGAUUAUCAGAAUGACACCUGGGCAUUACAUACAGGAUACGGUGACGUUCAACUCAUCUUACUUCUUCAAUGUGUUGCUACCUCCUAUUAUUCUAAAUUCUGGGUACGAGCUGAAUCAGGUGAAUUUCUUCAAUAAUUUCUGGUCAAUAUUGAUGUUUGCAAUACCCGGUACGUUCAUAUCUGCCGUGGUGCUGGGGGUUAUACUUUUCAUUUGGACGGCAUUGGGUUUGGAGAGUGUAGAUAUUUCGUUGGUCGAUGCAUUAUCGGUGGGUGCUACCCUAUCAGCCACAGAUCCUGUCACCAUCUUGUCUAUUUUCAACGCAUACAAAGUGGAUCCGAAACUGUAUACCAUUAUCUUUGGGGAGUCUUUGCUGAACGAUGCAAUCUCGAUUGUGAUGUUUGAGACAUGCCAGAAAUUUCGGGGUCAGCCAGCCACCAUCUCAUCAUUUUUUGAAGGUAUCGGACUUUUCCUGAUGACUUUCUCUGUUUCUCUGUUAAUUGGGGUUUUAAUUGGUAUACUAGUUGCAUUGCUCUUAAAGCACACCCACAUUAGAAGAUUCCCGCAAAUUGAGAGCUGCCUAGUGCUUCUGAUCGCUUACGAAUCAUAUUUCUUCUCUAACGGAUGCCACAUGUCGGGUAUUGUCUCACUGUUGUUUUGUGGGAUCACGUUGAAGCACUAUGCCUAUUACAAUAUGUCAAGAAGAACGCAGAUCACAAUCAAAUACAUAUUCCAAAUGCUGGCAAGACUUUCCGAAAAUUUCAUCUUCAUUUAUCUAGGGUUGGAGCUAUUUACCGAGGUGGAAUUGGUUUACAAACCAUUACUGAUCAUUGUUACAGCCAUCUCCAUCUGUGUAGCCCGGUGGUGUUCUGUUUUCCCCCUAUCCCGCCUUGUCAACUGGAUUCACAGAGUGAAAGUUAUGAGAUCAACCCCGCUAGAAAUGAGGUCGACGAUUGCCAUUUCAGACGAAAUACCUUAUAAUUAUCAAGUUAUGACUUUUUGGGCAGGAUUGCGUGGUGCUGUGGGUGUUGCAUUGGCACUGGGUAUCCAAGGUGAGUAUAAAUUCACCCUCUUGGCGACCGUUCUAGUUGUCGUUGUACUAACUGUCAUUAUCUUUGGGGGCACAACAGCAAGUAUGUUGGAGAUGCUAAACAUUAAGACGGGGUGUGUUAAUGAGGAUGAUGACAGCGAUGAUGAAUUUGAUAUCGAGGCAGUGAGGCCAAUUACUAUUUACGGGUCAGGUAGCACCGGUCAGACGUACUCUGAUGAAAGCUUAGAGUAUCCAAAUAUAUCAGAGGCAGACAGCAGAAUAGCGAUGACCGAACCUAAUAAUGGCGUGAAUUUUACUAACAGAAACGGGUCGACAAUGAGUGUUUCAGGUAGAGGUGUUGGGAAGGACGCUGUAAAGAUGACAACGACACAACGGAGCAAUUUCAGCUCAAGUCAUAUCCUGCUCCCCACCGAUGACGGGUUGUCUAAUACAAACACGGCACCGUCCGUCGCUGGAGGUUAUCUCGAUAGAACAAAUUUGAGUAACAAACUCAGUGGGUUCUUCAACCCCGACUCUCAAUGGUUCCAAAACUUUGAUGAAAACGUUCUGAAACCGGUAUUUUUAGAUGCGAAUGAUGCAAAGGAAAAUCGAGAACCGAGUACAUCGAGGGCAGGCACACCACAGGUAACAUCCAAUCGUAGGAAUCAGUGA